CCAAAAAGGUUCAACGGAAGGCGCUUAUAAACCUCCUACUAAUACAAAGUUAUAACUCUACAGAACACAUUCAAGAAGACGAAGAAGCGCCUCGAUUUGGAUCUACUGAUCAAGGGAAAAGGUCAAGAUGGCAACCCUUAGGAAUCUGAAGAUCAAAACAGGCACUUGCAAGCGCAUCGUUAAAGAACUGCACUCCUAUGAGAAAGAGGUUGAAAGAGAAGCAACUAAAACUGCUGAUAUGAAAGAGAAAGGAGCUGAUCCAUAUGAUCUUAAGCAACAGGAAAAUGUUUUGGCCGAGUCAAGGAUGAUGAUUCCAGAUUGCCACAAACGCUUGGAGACCUCACUAGCUGACCUAAAAGGAACUCUGACAGAGUUAGAGGAAGCAAAUCAACAAGGCCCUGAAUUGGAUGAAGCUCGAAGCACUAUUACCGAGGUUGAAGCUUUGUUUCAAAAGGAGGAUGCUUAAUGUUUCAGCAUAAACCAGUCAGUUUAGAGUUUUCUCUACCUCUGCCCUUACCUUACCCUCUUAGUACACCCUCCCCUUUACCUUUCCAUUGAGAAAAUUUGUAUGAUGUCCUUUGCUCAUCAUGAUGGGUUUGUAUGGCUUGGUGUCAUUAUGAAUUUCGAGCCUUAUGUUUUUGGCACUGGGAUUGUAUCUUCUGUUGUUUUACUUACAACUGUAUGAAACAUAGAAUUCAAUUUGAUGUGGCUCUCAAAUUGUUUUCUCUAA